UUGAACACAACACUUGCUAUCUGCUCUUGAAGUUGAACAGUUGAACACAAAUACCAUCCAACAUUCAUUUCAAGUUGUACUCAAAGUUACCAUAAUUUAUCUUAGUUUGCAUUUUUUCUUCACAAACACAACAAAAAAUUCAAUCAAUUAAAGCAGUUUGUUGUUUCUGUGUUAAAUACUGUCUAGAAAAAGCUGCAAUGGAGUUAGCGACUCAAGAGGAAAAGGAGGCAUUCUGUAAAGCGAUUGGAAAUAAAAAUUUAAAACAAGUUAAAGAAUACGUAUCGGAGAAGUUAUAUGUAAAUUUUAUUUUUGAUAAUCAUCAUAAUCCACUUACAUUAGCGUUAAAGUCACAUAACAUUGAUGUAAUAAAAUAUCUAAUAGAAAAUGGAGCCCACGUUAAUUGCAGUAAUGAUUAUGGAUAUGCACCUUUACAUUGGGCAAUAAAAAAUGAUUGUUCAUUAGAUAUUAUAAAGCUACUUAUAAAUAAUAAUGCAGAUAUAAAUAAAAUUUCAAUAUACGAGUUUGAAAAAUAUACACCACUUUCAGCUGCUGUUGAUGAAAACAAUUUUGAGGUUGCUAAACUUUUAAUUGAUGAGGGAGCUGACGCAAAUAAACGAAACUCUGAUGAUUCUACUGCUCUAACUCUUGCUCACAAAUAUAAUAGAACAGACAUAUUGAAUUAUUAUUAUUAUAAUUCUCUAGGAUUUGCUAUUUUUACCGAAAAAUUGGAUGAAGCUCGAAAACUUUUAGAAGAUGGUGCAGAUGUUUUUAUGACUGGUGCAAAGAAAAAACUUCCUCUUAUUAUAGCCGUUGAAAAGGAGAAUCUCGAAGCAAUCAAACUUUUAUUCGAAUUUGGAGGCGAUAUUACGAUGCCAACUGCCGUAUUGAAGGCCAUAAAUGUGGGCAAUCUUGAGAUAAUUAAUUUUUUUUUAAGAAACAAUGUUGAAAUUAAUUGGAAAUAUCGAGACGGCACUACACUUCUUAUAAGUGCCAUAGAGAAGGGAAAUUUCGAUGUGAUUAAAAUUUUGAUUGAAAAUGGCGCCGAAGUUAAUUUUCCAGACAAUAUGCCCUUAAUAACAGCUGUAAGGAUGGGAAAUUUCGAUGUAGUCAAAAUUUUAAUAGAAAAUGGUGCUAGUGUUAAUCCCACAGACAAUAAAAACUCUUAUCCACUGUUUGAGGCUUUGAAACUUGACAACUACGACAUUACGAAAUAUCUAAUAAAUAAGGGAGCGAAAAUGGAGGCGAAAUUUUUAUUGAAAGACAACUUUCAAUGUGUAAAAAAUUUAAUUAAGAUGAAAACCCAGUUGAAGAGUGUGUUGCUGGACGACCAUUUUGAAACUUCUACUUUACUAAAAGUAGUCGAAACUAAAAAUACUUGUUUUGUAAAUUAUCUUUUAGAACAAGGGCUUCAAAUUGAUUCGUAUGAUAAAAAGGAAGAAAGCCCUCUUGCAGUAGCUGCUAAAAAUCGCAGUUUUUUAAUUGUUCAAAUUUUGAUUAAUGCUGGCGCUGAUAUUAACUCGGCCAAAAAAGAACUCGAGGAUUUAGCCGACGAAGAUGAAAAUUUUGACGUUUAUUAUCAGAGAUUGAAACGAAAACGUAACUUUUCUGAAGUUUCAGUUCCUGCUGACGGACGUCACGAAGACUCUUUUGUCGUAGUGUAAUUUUUUCAAGUUUAUUCUUUUGUACCUUUCUGAAUAAAAAAUAUUGUUAAUACUUCAA